CGCCAGAGAAACCGGUACUGACCGGUACGUUUUAUGGAAUUUGUAUGGUUAGGUGUUUUUGUAAAUAACGUGUUUAAAUUAUUUUAGAAAAGUUCUAACAAAAAAAAUUAAUUGAAUUUGUUAUAAGAUAUUUUGUGCAAAAAAAAAAAAAUAAAGAUGUCUGAAGACAAAGCAGCAAUAACAGAAGAUAUGUGGACUCCAUAUAAAGAACUGCAAAAUCUUGUUGAAAAGUAUGUAAUAUCAGUUCCUGAUGUUCAAGAUCCACAAUAUCAUGAAUUCACAGAAGCUUUACGAAAUCACAGACAAAACUUUCUUACUAUUUUAAAAAAUCCACCAAAAAAUAUAAAAAGUCGUGAAGAAAUUAAAAAAGGAGUCACAGAUGGUAUAAUGCUACCUGGUUUGGGUCACCAAAUAUUAUCAAAGGAAUUAGUAGAUGAGACUAUCACUAUAUCAGAUAUGUAUGAUUUGAAUGAAUUCAUGGCAUUGGACCUCCUCUGUACUGCUCAACUUCAAAUGCCAUAUCAUCCUGGAUUAACGCGUGGUUUAACAGCCGUUCUUCUAUAUUAUGAUGGAAGAAAAGCACUGACAUCAGUAUUAAGGACAUUAGUACAUGCUCGCAUUGGUCAUAGUUGGGCAGUUGAUAUACCAAUUACUCUUACCAGAUAUAUCACAGAUUAUACAAAUAAAUUGCAAGAAGAUGGUCUGUUGAGCAGAAUUUUAUCUUUGUUAGAAGAAAUGGAUCCUGUCAAGGAACAAGAUUUGCUGCAACAAAAUAGAGCAUUAGGUGGACCCAAACAUCAUCAAAUGGUUAUGAAACUUUACAAUGAUACACGACAAGAUUUGGCUUAUAUUUUGUACUUAUGGUCCGCUCAAUCAUCUCUACCAAAUACAAUUUUGUUUCGUCUAUUAUCUAUACUGCAAACACGUCAAAUCGAAUCCGAAACGGAUGAAGGAGGACCUGAUAAAAUUACAUUGGCGCUUAUUAUGGCUGUUUUGAAUGCUUUCAAUUUUAGCUUCUUACAUAACCGCGAAAACGGCGAAGAGUUAAUUAAUUCAAUGCCAUUGAUAGCAGAGAGAGAAGCACUAGAAGAACUGAAUCAAAAAUUGAUAUCUACAAACAUAAAUUGGGAGAGUGCUGGAUUACGAGGAGUGAUACAAUUUGCUUUAGCAAUAGCUAUGAUAACAAUUAAAACAACUACUGCUCAAUUCCAAUCUCAGAAUAUUAUUGCGGAAGAUGAAAUAUUAAUAGAAGCUGCCUUGGCUAACAAAGUUUUCCAUUUUAUGGCAGAGGUCCUAUUUAAAAAUACUUGUAAAUACAUCAAGUCUACAUCAACAAUAGUAUUAAUACAGCAAGAAGAAUUUUAUUUUCGUUAUUUUCAUACACUUAUUUCUGACUUUAUAUUACUGAUGCCUGUCAAAGUCAAAGAACUACGUAAUCGAGCUGAUGAAUCCAUGCGUUUGAUCCAAGCAUUUCAACAAGAAGGCAUUGAACCUCCAAUGAAUUUAGAUAAUCAUUUUGAAUACUUAAUGUUGAUGAUAGCAGAACUGUAUAAGGAAGAUCCAUUGAAAUUAAAUUUAGCUAUGGAUUAUUGGUGUCAUCAUACUGAUACGACUCAUGUAUCGGCUCCUGCGUACAUCAGCCGCUUGCCCUCGAGACAAGUUGCUUUGUUUAAAUUUGUACGACUUGCCGGAGAGAUAUUACCGGCAGGUUUAUUCGUUCCGUAUAUGAAGAUGAUAGCAUCUCUCGCUUCAUCGCCGCAAACGGCUAGAUAUGCGUUUAAUUUUUUUAAACCCAAUGGGUCAUCAGGUUCAGCGACAAUCUGCUGGGAUCAUUUUUUUAAUUCCUUAAGUCGAUACUAUUACAAUUUAAGGCAGGAAUUACCUCCUAGUCAGGAUACAGUAUACAGGCAAAGAUGUCACCCAAAAGGAAUCAUGCCACAGGAGGUGAAAGGUCUUGAGGCAGUGCUGUUGGUUGUUCAAGUGAUAGCUAAGAAUGAUGAAAUGUCAAGAAUUGCAAUAUGCGAUCACCCGAGUUGGAAAAUUUUACAGUCUCUAAUCGGUUUGGUGAGCUGUGCGAUGCCGAUACCACUGAAAGGAGUACUAGUAAGAACUCUUGCGGCACUUGCCCGAUCUCCAGAAAGUUCCUCCAGUGUUUGGCAAAGUUUAGAAGCCGCUCAAAUUCUCUCGACCAUACCGACAACGAGUAGUUAUCAACCGAGAGGUGUACAAACGGAAUUGGAAGAGAUCGAAUCUAGAAACGAAGAAUAUCCAUUAACGCGCGCAAUGUUAGAAUUAUUAGAUGUGCUCACCGAUUUUCCAAUACCGCGUCUGUUGGGUGUGGGUCAACGAAAUCCAGGAUUCGAUCCGUAUUUGCAUUUUAUCAUUAAUACUGUCUUUCUACGAUUUUAUACUCGUUCGUACAAAAAUCCGGCCGAGAAAUGGGACAUUGCGGAAGCCUGCUUGAAGAUAUUUUCAAAAUUUAUAAAACAAUACGAACCGACUGUUGAAGAUUUCGUGGGCUGUAAGGUCGAGUUACAAGGUGGUGAGACUACAGUGGUUAAUUCGGCUCCAGGAUAUCAUCUGAUGAAACAAUUGUACACUAAAUCUGAAUUAUUAAAUGUGGUAUUAUUUAUUUUGAAUGAAGGUUGCAAACAUUUCGACACUUACGACAGCUUUUCGGGCAAGAAAUAUUUGGAAAAUUGCAGCUUUUAUUGCUUAGAGAUAUUGGAGCGUGGAUUGAAGACGCAAAACAAUUAUAUGGCGCAGUCGACUGCUAUAUCUUCGAAUGAAAACAUGACUAGAUUGUCGCUUUUGCUACUCGGAGUGAAUCCUCGUACUGGCAAGCCGGAUCACAUGAUUGAUAUCGUCAAAUAUGUUUCCUAUAAUUCGUGGCUACCGAAACAGGCUUUUGUCGCUGUUGGCGUUAUUCAUGGGGUGACUAACGAACCUGGAGCAGAUUCCGAAUUAUUGUCAACAUUCACUGCGACUUCUGUUUUAGCGACAAAUGUUAGGCACGGCUUCGUUGAAUGUCUAGACGCAGACAAUAUUAUCUUGGAGGAUAGCGACUUGGAGGCAAUCAGCAGCGAUCAAAGCAAGCAAUUGCAAACAGGAAAUUGUAAGAGAAUUCUAUUAUUGAUGAUGCACAGUAUCACACGGCCCGCACCCAAUCUUGCGCAUUAUUUACUCGGCUUCGAUAUAACUAAAGACAUUAGGAAGACCGUUAUUCAGCAACCGGGGAUCCUGGGCUUCCCGCGUACCUGUCUACACUCCAUUUUAGGCAUACUGGAACAAUCUUUGGAUUGCAGUCGCAACAAGAUAACCGAAGCCUGUUACUGCUAUCUUCAUAUAUUAACGGCUAAUAACAAAACAUCGGCACCUGUUCUCAGAUUUCUACGAACCACGAGCAACCAGGACUUUGUACAAAGACAUCUUUCAAAAUUACCGUUUCAAGGACCAAAUAAAUCGACCGAACUCGGCUGUAUGUCCUGGUUGUUGAAGAUAGCUGCCAUCGAAUUGCGAGUCGCUGGUGGUGGUUUACAGACUUCUCUGAUUCAACGAUUAGUGGGAAGUUUCAAUCAGGAUAAAGAUCAAAUAGUACCUUCGCAAAAACUAUUAAUGGAUCUUUUACAUUAUAUUGAUUUCCAACUGUAUCUGGAACCUACGAAAUCUUGGGAAUUUUUUGAUCCAUCGCAAAUCGAAAUGGUUUUGGGCAAAUGUAGUACUCCUGUUGCGUUGAUGGGCGGUCCACGACUCAUCGAUAUCAGAAAACUACAUUCUCUUCUUACCGAGGAAUUAACAGUUACACAGAGUAGCGCGACUGCUACUCAACGCAAGCUCAUGCAGCAGGAAGUAAAAUCCAUACUUGCGCAUGCAUUAAAGAAAAAUCAGACCAAAGUUCUAUCUUACGCGACUGUUAAAUUUGUGGAAGGUUGGUGCCAAACUACAGAAAUACUUUUCUCCGUUGCAACUAAUCAACAACUGCCGGUGACACAAAGACAGAAUCUCUUGCUGAAUUUGUCACAUGAUUUACUACAGAAGAUGACGUCCUGCGAAGCUCUGAGUGAAAUUAAGACGUUAGUAUCCGGUACCGUUUUGAUGCUGUUAGUGAAUUUGCGAAAUAGUUUCGUAAUUCAACCGGACAACGAAUUAUUGCCGUCGUCGCCGUCGAAUACGACGAUGAUGAAAAUUAUUUUAAGUCAUAUUUUACAAUGGAUCAUAAAUGCUGGCGCUUCCUCACAGAAAGUUAUGACACAUCUUUACGCGGCUUUGUUGAACUUUUUGAGUAUUGUUGGCUUAGAAAAAUCAACCGAACACGUAAGCGCAAUUGACUCGCUGUACAUCAGUCAGCUAGACAAUUCGCUAAACAGACUUAUGCCCGUGCAAGAACGGUCGCAACGUUAUGCGACGAUUCAAGUUAUCAAUAGUUUUGGAACUCAAUUAAUGGAUAUUUUAUGCCAUAAUUGCUCAGGAGGACAUGAUGUAUGCAAGAUGCUCGCGCUAUCCUGUCUGGAUAAGAUCUUGGAAUUGGAUUAUGAGAAUGCGUGGAUGAUCUACCUGGCAAGCAGAGGCUACUUGAAACACAUGAUAGACAGUCUACUGGAAUCGGACAAUCUGCUGCGAUGUAUGCUGCAACCGGAACCACAAACAUUGCGGCCUUUGUAUCUAUAUGAGGCGAAGAUGGCGAUCUUUUGCAGAAUGGCCUCGACGAGAUUAGGCGCGGAGAGUCUUUUGGAGAACAAGGUUUUAUUCUGUAUGUCCAGUAUGUGCGUGUUCGAUCAACAUCCUGACGUGCACAUAGGUUUUGAGGGUGGUGAUUAUUCGUUCAUACCGUCAAUCGGACAACGUUACCAACAAAUCUUCUUGCCGGCUUUGUAUCUCUGUGAUGCUUUAUUUACCACGUUGGGAACUGAGAAUCAAUCAUGUGCCGUACAAAUUUGCGGAUUUUUGCAGAGUCACAGAGAUAUUGUGGAGAUGGCUUUGAGAAACGCAUUUUUGCAUGCUAAUGUGCUUUUCUUGAAAGAGAUUGCAUGUCUCACUGGUGUAAUAUCCAAAUCUGCCAACAUAGAUAUGUACAAACUUGUGGAUAAUGAAUUAGCAAAGAUAAAUAUAGAUGAUUACCAAUUGGAGAAUAGUAUUGGAAUGAGAGAAUUACGGGCACAUUUGUACCGGUUGCAGAAAUUGAUGCUAUCAUUGUUGCACAAAUUUCAGUUGCAGUCGAUUCCAAUGAAUCAUAAUUACCAGCAAGCCGAAGCAAAUCAGCAAUAUAUUUCUUGUAUACAGAUUGUCGCUAACGUCUUGUUGUAUACACGUAAUCAAAUGCAACACAACUGUAUGGAUCAGAAAAUACGUAAUGUCUUGUUUGAUCCUUAUUUAACACCAAAACCUGGAGGAAGGCAGGACAAAAUAAAAGAUAUUUCCGAUGGGAUGCAUUUAGGCAUGAUAGUCGAACAGUUGGUUUCUGUAACUAAUUUAUUACACAUCGAAUUACCGCAUAUCGAUUCUCUAAUAAAGAAAUCGCAGAUAGUGACCGACAUGAGUACAGCAGAAUUAAAGAAGUUUAUGUCUGAAAAUGAGAUGGAACUCGAUAUAGGAAAACAACGAAUACUUGUCGAGCAACGAUUGAAUCGUUGGGUAAAAGAUAAGCGACAAAGUAUAAAAUAUUGCUCUCUUAUAAUAGAACAUGCUUUAUAUAUUCUCUGGAGUCAUUUGGACUUUUAUACUAUGCAAGUGAUAUCACGGCAAACUCAAAGAAUGCACGUAUCUUCAAGCGGCAUUGAUGAGAAUCUGAUAGAAUGGAAGGUAUCAACAGAAACAUUAAUGGAACUGAAACAGGGACUCGUUUCUAUAUUUACAGAUACUUUUAUUACACAGUUAUUAGAUACAACGCAUAGCGAUUACGCAACAAUGGAUCGUAGUUUUAUUGAAGCUCUUAUAAGACGAAUUAAAAGACUGUUACAAUUUAUAAUCAUAAAAUAAAGAACUACAGGAUUUGCGUUUA